AUGGAAAUGGAGAUAAAUUCGAAAAACGCUUUCAAGAAAUACAAGGGGCGUGGGAUCUUUGGGGGAACAGGAACUAGUUCUAUCGCUGACAUCGAAGUCAAUUCAGAGUACCCUCUUGUGUCCUUUAUUACCAUGAUCGCGCCCUCCCCUGAUUGGUUCAUUGGUGUGCACGACUUUAAUUUAUGCAGCACAAUAACGGGAAAAUGGCAAGAUGCGAGAGUGAGCGACCUACCUCCCUAUGACGCAGGCACUGACAGCGGAACUCGGUUUCUAAGUUCGGAUACCAUAACAAAUCCACCAGAAGAUAUUCACCUUCUUACCAAUAACACAGAAGGCUCGUUCAAGGGCGAUAAACCGGUAAGGAGAUUUGGAACUUUCACAUUUGUGAAGACCAGCGACCCCAACCCAAUUAUAAAGCCAUCGUCAACCGUGCGGCAAAGUAAACAAAGUCCUAGUGUAAAUCGUAAAAGCUCUGCUAUCAUGAUUGAUCCCAAAGGAAGUUCCACAACACCAAAAACCAUGCAGCGUAUCCAGUCAAGUGCUAGUGUUAAUGUUAUUGUUAAUGCCAUGAUGAUUGAUCCUAAAGAAAGCUCCAGACCACCUCCAGUCAUGAAACAAAUCCAGUCAAGUACUAGUCUAAACAUUGAAACAUCUACUAUGACGAUUAAUCCCCCCAAAAGCACAAUACCACCUCCACCCAUGCAGCAAAGUCAACCAAAUGCUAAUGUUAAUGCUAUCAUGAUUGAUCCAAAAGGAAGCUCCACAUCAGACCCAACCAUGAAGCAAAUCCAACCGAGUGCCAGUGGAAACAUUAAAAGUUAUACUAUCAAAGAAACCUCCACACCACCUUUAACUAUGCAGCAAAAUCAACCAAGUACCAGUGUUAAUGCUAUUGCUAUCAUGAUUAACCCCAAGGAAAGCUCCGCACUACCUCCAACCAUGAAGCAAAUCCAACUAGGUAGUAGCGUGAACAUUAAAAGUUCUAUGAUCUACCCCAAAAAAAUCACCAUAAUACCUAAAACCGUGCAGCAAAUGCAGAAAAGUGCUAGUAUUAAUGCCAUUGUUAAUGCUAUCAUGAAGAAAGAAAGUUCUACACCACUAACGUUAGCCACGCAGCAAAGUCAACCUAGUACCAAUAUGAACAUUAAAGCUUCUUUUAUUAUAAUUGAUCCCCAAGAAAGCAGCACACCACCUCACACCAUGCAGCAACUCCAACCAAGUGCCAGUGUUAAUGCUAUUGCUAAUGCUAUCAUGAUUGAUCCAAAAGAAAGCUUAAGAACACCUCUAUCCACGAAGAAAAUCCAAAAAAGUGCUAGUGUUAAUGAUAAAAGUUCUGCUAUCAUGAUUGACCCCAACGAAAGCACAACACCUGAAAAAACUGCGCAGCAAAUCCAUCCACGUGCUAGUGUUAAUGCUAUCGUGAUUCAUCCUAAAGAGAGCUCCCCACCACCUCAAAGCACGCAGCGAAUUCAACCUAGUGCUAGUGUGAACAUUAAAAUCUCUUCUAUAAUGAUUGAUCCCAAAGAAAGCACCACACGACCUAAGACCAUACAACAAAUGCAACAAAGUGCUAGUGUUAAUGCUAUUGCUAUUGCUAACGCUAUAGCUAAUGCUAUUGCUAAUGCUAUCAUGAUUGAUCCCAAAGAAAACUCCACACCACCUCCGACUUUGAAUCAAAUCCAACUUAGUGCUAGUGUGAACAUUAAAAGUUCUUCUACUAUGAUUGAUCCCAAAGAAAGCAUCACAUCACCAAAAACCAUGGAACAAAUGCAACCAAGUGCUAGUGUCAACGCAAUGGCUAAUGCUAUCAUCAUUGAUCCUAAAGAAAGUUCCGCACCACCUCCAACAAUGAAUCAAAUCCAACUUAGUUCUAGUGUAAACAUUAAAAGUUCUUCUAUUAUGGCUGAUCCCAAAGUAAGCACCACACGACCUAAAACCGUUCAGCAAAUGCAACCAAUGCCUAGUGUUAAUGCAAUGGCUAAUGCUAUCAUGAUUGAUACCAAAGAAAUUAGUUCCACACCACCUCUAACAAUGACGAAUGUCCAACCUAAUGCUAGUGUAAACAUUAAAGAUUCUUCUAUUUUGAUUGAUCCAAAAGAAAGCACCAUAUCACCUAAAACCAUGCAGCAUGUGCAACCAAGUGGCAGUGUUAACCUAAUGGUUAAUGCUAUCAUGAUUGAUCCCAAAGAAAGUUCCACACCGCCUCCAACCAUGACAAAAAUCCAACCUAGUGCUGGUGUAAACAUUAAAGAUUCUUCUAUUUUGAUUGAUCCAAAAGAAAGCACCAUAUCACCUAAAACCAUGCAGCAUGUGCAACCAAGUUCCAAUGUUAACCUAAUGGUUAAUGCUAUCAUGAUUGAUCCCAAAGAAAGUUCCACACCACCUCCAACCAUGACAAAAAUCCAACCUAGUGCUGAUGUAAACAUUAAAGGUUCUUCUAUUAUGAUUGAUCUCAAAGAAAGGACCACAUUACCUAAAACCAUGCAGCAAAUGCAACCAAGUGCCAGUGUUAACCUAAUGGUUAAUGCUAUCAUGACUGAUCCCAAAGAAAGUACAACACCACCCCCAACCAUGAAGAAAAUCCAGCCUAGUGCUGGUGUAAACAUUAAAGAUUCUGCUAUUUUGAUUGAUCCAAAAGAAAGCACCAUAUCACCUAAAACCAUGCAGCAAAUGCAACCAAGUGCCAGUGUUAACCUAAUGGUUAAUGCUAUCAUGAUUGAUCCCAAAGAAAGUACAACACCACCUCCAACCAUGAAGAAAAUCCAACCUAGUGCAGGUGUAAACAUUAAAGAUUCUGCUAUUUUGAUUGAUCCAAAAGAAAGCACCAUAUCACCUAAAACCAUGCAGCCAAUGCAACCAAGUGCCAGUGUUAACCUAAUGGUUAAUGCUAUCAUGAUUGAUCCCAAAGAAUGUUCCACACCACCUCCAACCAUGACAAAAAUCCAACCUAGUGCUGGUGUAAACAUUAAAGAUUCUGCUAUUUUGAUUGAUCCAAAAGAAAGCACCAUAUCACCUAAAACCAUGCAGCCAAUGCAACCAAGUGCCAGUGUUCACCUAAUGGUUAAUGCUAUCAUGAUUGAUCCCAAAGAAAGUUCCACACCACCUCCAACCAUGAAGCAAAUCCAACCUAGUGCUGGUGUAAACAUUAAAGAUACUUCUAUUUUGAUUGAUCCAAAAGAAAGCACCAUAUCACCUAAAACCAUGCAUCAAAUGCAACCAAGUGCCAGUGUUAACCUAAUGGUUAAUGCUAUCAUGAUUGAUCCCAAAGAAAGUUCCACACCACCUCCAACCAUGAAGAAAAUCCAACCUAGUGCUGGUGUAAACAUUAAAGAUUCUUCUAUUUGUAUUGAUCCAAAAGAAAGCACCAUAUCACCUAAAACCAUGCAGCAAAUGCAACCAAGUGCCAGUGUUAACCUAAUGGUUAAUGCUAUCAUGAUUGAUCCCAAAGAAAGUACAACACCACCUCCAACCAUGAAGAAAAUCCAACCUAGUGCAGGUGUAAACAUUAAAGAUUCUGCUAUUUUGAUUGAUCCAAAAGAAAGCACCAUAUCACCUAAAACCAUGCAGCCAAUGCAACCAAGUGCCAGUGUUCACCUAAUGGUUAAUGCUAUCAUGAUUGAUCCCAAAGAAAGUUCCACACCACCUCCAACCAUGAAGCAAAUCCAACCUAGUGCUGGUGUAAACAUUAAAGAUACUUCUAUUUUGAUUGAUCCAAAAGAAAGCACCAUAUCACCUAAAACCAUGCAGCAAGUGCAACCAAGUGCCAGUGUUAACCUAAUGGUUAAUGCUAUCAUGAUUGAUCCCCAAAAAAGUACAACACCACCUCCAACCAUGACGAAAAUCCAACCUAGUGUUGGUGUAAACAUUAAAGAUUCUUCUAUUUUGAUUGAUCCAAAAGAAAGCACCAUAUCACCUAAAACCAUGCAGCAAAUGCAACCAAGUUCCAGUGUUAACGUAAUGGUUAAUGCUAUCAUGAUUGAUCCCAAAGAAAGUACAACACCACCUCCAACCAUGAAGAAAAUCCAACCUAGUGCUGGUGUAAACAUUAAAGAUACUUCUAUUUUUAUUGAUCCAAAAGAAAGCACCAUAUCACCUAAAACCAUGCAGCAAGUGCAACCAAGUGCCAGUGUUAACCUAAUGGUUAAUGCUAUCAUGAUUGAUCCCCAAAAAACUAUAACACCACUUCCAACCAUGACGAAAAUCCAACCUAGUGUUGGUGUAAACAUUAAAGAUUUUUCUAUUUUGAUUGAUCCAAAAGAAAGCAACAUAUCACCUAAAACCAUGCAGCCAAUGCAACCAAGUGCUAGUGUUCACCUAAUGGUUAAUGCUAUCAUGAUUGAUCCCAAAGAAAGUUCCACACCACCUCCAACCAUGAAGAAAAUCCAACCUAGUGCUGGUGUAAACAUUAAAGAUUCUUCUAUUUGUAUUGAUCCAAAAGAAAGCACCAUAUCACCUAAAACCAUGCAUCAAAUGCAACCAAGUGCCAGUGUUAACCUAAUGGUUAAUGCUAUCAUGAUUGAUCCCAAAGAAAGUUCCACACCACCUCCAACCAUGAAGAAAAUCCAACCUAGUGCUGGUGUAAACAUUAAAGAUACUUUUAUUUUGAUUGAUCCAAAAGAAAGCACCAUAUCACCUAAAACCAUGCAGCAAGUGCAACCAAGUGCCAGUGUUAACCUAAUGGUUAAUGCUAUCAUGAUUGAUCCCCAAAAAAGUACAACACCACCUCCAACCAUGACGAAAAUCCAACCUAGUGUUGGUGUAAACAUUAAAGAUUCUUCUAUUUUGAUUGAUCCAAAAGAAAGCACCAUAUCACCUAAAACCAUGCAGCAAAUGCAACCAAGUUCCAGUGUUAACGUAAUGGUUAAUGCUAUCAUGAUUGAUCCCAAAGAAAGUACAACACCACCUCUAACCAUGAAGAAAAUCCAACCUAGUGAUGGUGUAAACAUUAAAGAUACUUCUAUUUUGAUUGAUCCAAAAGAAAGCACCAUAUCACCUAAAACCAUGCAGCAAGUGCUACCAAGUGCCAGUGUUAACCUAAUGGUUAAUGCUAUCAUGAUUGAUCCCCAAAAAACUACAACACCACUUCCAACCAUGACGAAAAUCCAACCUAGUGUUGGUGUAAACAUUAAAGAUUUUUCUAUUUUGAUUGAUCCAAAAGAAAGCACCAUGUCACCUAAAACCAUGCAACAAAUGCAACCAGGGGCUAGUGUUAACACAAUGGUUAAUGAUAUCAAGAUUGAUCACAAAGCAAAUUCCACACCACCUCCAACCAUGACGGAAAUCCAACCUAGUGCUAGUGUGAACAUUAAAAGUGCUUCUAUUUUGAUUGAUACCAAAAAAGCCUCCACACCACCUCCACCUAAGCAACAAAGUCAACCAAUCGCUAGUGUUAAUGCUAUUGCUAAAGCUAUCAUUAUGUAUGCCAAAAAAAGCUACAAACCACCACCAAAAACCAUGCAGCGAAUCCAACCGAGUUCUAGUGUUAUUGUCAAUGCUAUCAUGGUUAAUCACAAAGAAAGCCCCAGAACACAUUCACCCAUGAAACAAAUCCAAGCAAAUUCUAGUGUUAAUGUUAAAAGUUCUACGAUCAUGAUUGAUACCAACGAAAGCACAACGCCUACUAAAUCCAUACAGCAACUUCAACCAAGUGCUAGUGUUAAUGCUGUUCCUAAUGCUAUUAUGAUUGAUCCCAAAGAAAGCUACAUAUCACUUUCGACCAUGCAACAAAUCCAACCAAGUGCUAGUGUGAAUGUUAAAAACUCAUAUUAUACAAAACUGAAUGUCUCCACUCAAACAUUGAACCAAACAGAAACAAUUACCGCCCAGCAAGUGUUCAGAUGA